GAUCCCGAUGACUGAGAUUUUCUUCUAAAAGUUGUUGUUGUAGCAACACGACGCUGGCGGGAAUAGGUUCUUUGAACAUUUGAUACCAGAUUUUAGUGACUAGCUCACAGGAUGUCGGACAUCCACUCUACCGCCUUUAGGUAUGAGGCAGUGUGUACUGAAAUGGGCAUCGAGAUGAACCCUUACUUCACAUUGAUGUUUGAUAAAGAAAAGGAAGAUGCGGUUUUACUAAAGAAAAAAGGUGAGUUUAAGGAGUCUAUGGACCUGUACCUGGCCGGGAACAACAAGCUGCUGACAGACAAACGUUUGGAGGACUCAGAUGCAGAGGCGCUGUAUAAAACUCUGUGUAAUAACACAUACGUCCAGGGUCUGGAUCUCCGCUACAACAACUUAACCAAUGUUGGCGCCAAACACAUUGCCAAAUUGCUUGAGGAUACGGUGACUCUGAAGCAUUUGAACUUGAUGUGUAAUGAAAUUGAAUCGGAGGGAGCAGAAGCCAUUGCCAGGGCCUUAAAUAAAAAUGAGAGCUUGCGAGUGCUGAGGUUAAAUGGAAAUAAGAUUGGUAACAGAGGAGGAAUGUGUUUUGCUCAGAUGUUACAAGUGAAUAAAACCUUAGAGGCUCUUGACCUUGGUGAUACUGACAUGACAAUUGAGGCAGUAAUUGCUCUCCCCACAGUCCUCUACAGAAACACUACACUGAAGGCCCUUAAUGUAAACCGACCUCUCCUCUUCAGCUGCCAGGAGGAGACAACUGUUCAUUUUGCCAAGAUGCUUAAAGUAAAUACAUCUUUAGAAGAACUUCAUCUACAGAAGUAUGACAUGAGAGAUUUUGGAGCCACACGAUUAGCUGAAAAUUUGAUGGAAAAUAUGACAUUUACCUACCUUAAUCUCAGCUGCAAUAGAAUCACCCGAGAUGGAACAAAAGAACUUGCCAAAGUUUUAAAAAAUAACACAUCCAUCAAAACCCUGGAUCUAGGUUUCAACAGAUUGGAAGAUGACGGUGCCAUGCACUUAGCUGAGGCCAUAGCUACAUACAACACUACACUAGAGACUUUGGUGGUGGCCAGUAAUAACAUAGGAAACAAGGGCCUGUGUGCCCUGGCCGACGCCAUGAAGACCAACACAACCCUCACCAGUAUAUUUAUCUGGGGAAACAAUCUGGAAGAGCCUGCCUGCAUUGCUUUUGCAAGUUUGCUGGAGACAGGUCGACUGAAGCCUGAGAACACUGAUGUACAGGCGUAUGUUGUAGAUGGCGUGACCAAGUUGUGUGAACUCAGCAAUCAAAUCCGCCGCCAUUAUUACUGGGCCCCAAACUAUGGCAACGAUGUCCCAUCCUGGCAGCCGAGGGGAAAGAAUCCACGUGGCUCUGAUGUUGUCAUCAUGAAAAAUCUGACUGUGUACUGAUUAGGACAAUCAAUCCAACAAUACCUGUAUCUUAAAUCCAAGUGUCAUUUGUGACUUGAUAGAAAUGCAUUUUAUAAAUUUUAUCCUUUUCACAAUAACAAUAUCUCAUUGAAGGAAAAAACAUAUUGUGAAUUACUUCAAUUUGAAACUUCACAAUUUUCUAGUUUAUUGAGAGAACUUUCUUUAGACAUUGGAUUUUACAGGUUUGAAAAAAAGUUACCAGGUAAUGAUUUUGUUUUGAAACAGAAUCUGUCCAGCGUUCAUAGUAAUACCCUUGACAAACGCUUUGUUGAAUAUGAGGAUUCAGAUUUCCAUCCAUUCAUAUUUUCCUUUGACUUUCAUGGACAAUUCAGCAUGAAGAACUUGGACCAAGCUCUGGGGGUAAACUUCUCAAAUAUGUAAAUAAUUUGAUGAAGAAGACCAUGUCUGCCUGUGAUUAGUCAAUGACUACAUGUUCUGUGAUAUUUACCAAUAAAUUAUUCAUCUUUCCAUGGAAAAGCGUUAUUGGUUUAAAGGAAAAAUAUUAGUUAUGGAAAUUUCCUUAAAUUCUGCAAUGCUUUCCUAAGGAAUUUUUUAAAUUACAAAUUGUAAGGAAUGAUAAUGAAACUGGUGCCUGGUCUGGUUGCAAAGUAGGGCUGACAAGCUUGUUUUAAAUAAGACUUAUCAUAUGUUAUGUGUUCCUGAACACAAAACAUCAUAGACAAUAGCCCGAGAUUCUCUGGCCCCGACACCAGACAUAGUGUCAGGGCCAGA